UUAUUUUUAAGUGACAACAAAUAUGGCGGCCAACACAAGUCGAUCAUGCCUUCAAUUUUUACUUCAACUUGCACAAGAUAAUUUAGAUUUCAGGUUACCGGAGAUUAAAAGCCUGCUCGCUCUCCGGGGAAAAUCAUUCACUCCAACUUUAAACUUCAAAGAAAAGGCUCCAUUUUGGUGUUUGGAGGGUUUGUCUGAGGAAGAUGUUAAACAUGUCAUGGCUCGAUCUGUUUGUGCAAAAUCUGCCUUUGAACUCUGGGGCCAUGGGAGAACACACAGUGAACUCAAAACAUCCCUCUUAAACUAUCCAGUAGAGAAAAUGAGACCAUUCAUGCAGCAAGAGUCUACCUACAGAAUCAAUGUGUACACCUUCAAUAAGACUCUGGAGUUUGCUGAAAGAAUAAAAAGGAUUGAUGACAUGGAAUAUCUCCCAUUUGAGGGAACAGUCAGCUUAAAAAAUCCACAGCACAUUUUCAGCCUGCUUGAAGAUUACGGCACAGAUCCCAACAACAUUCCUGAGGUCCCAAACUAUGUGUACUUUGGCCGUUGGAUUGCAGAUGGACAACGAGAGCUGAUUAGAUCACACAGUGUAAAGAAUAGGCACUUUAUAGGGAACACUAGCAUGGAUGCUGGCCUUUCUUUUAUCAUGGCUAAUCAUGCAAAAGUAAAACAAAAUGAUGUAGUAUUUGACCCAUUUGUUGGCACAGGAAGCCUUUUAGUUGCAUGUUCACAGUUUGGAGCCUACGUAUGUGGAACAGACAUCGAUUACAAUAUUAUUCACGGCAGGGGACGGUCAAGUCGGAAAAAACAGAAAUGGAGAGGGCCGGAUGAGAACAUCAGAGCCAACCUGCGGCAGUAUGGUACAGAGAUGCUGUAUUUGGAUGUCAUGGUGUCUGAUGCAUCUAAACCUGUGUGGAGAAAGGCCCCUCUGUUUGAUGCCAUCAUUACUGAUCCCCCAUAUGGCAUCCGUGAAUCAACUAGAAGAACAGGCUCACACAAAGACACCAUUAAGCCUUGUGAUGGCGUUUACGCAGAGUCACAUGUCCCUGUGUCUCAGGCGUAUCAUCUCAGUGACAUCUUUAAAGACCUGUUGAGCUUCUCUGCACAUCACCUUGUUCUUGGGGGAAGGCUCGUUUACUGGCUGCCUGUCUACAGACCAGACUAUUCAGAGGAGAUUGUUCCUCUUCAUCCAUGCUUGCAGCUCCUCAGUAACUGUGAGCAGGUACUGUCUAGUCACACGUCUCGUCGACUGAUCACAAUGGAGAAGGUCAAAGAGCCAGAGGGAAUGGACAACGAAGCUCACUUGCUGGACCCCCGCUUCAGUCCUUAUGAGGGACACAAUGCCUUCAGGGAGAAGUAUUUCAGUGGACUAAACAAACGAAGCGUCAAAGAGGAUACUCAGUCUGAGGACAAUGGACAAUGAGGAACAACUAUGGAUCAAGGUCUUACUAUAGGACAGAAAAUGAAUUAAACAUUAUUGUCUGACUGUAAAAUCUAAGGUGCAACUUUUAGCAUUUUUAGCUAGUUUUUUGUACUGAAAGUCAAUAACGGUGGUUACCAUUCCUUUGUCCCCCAAUAAUGUCACUUUCCAGAGCCACCAAUCAUACAUUUAUUACAAAAUGGAAGUUUGUAUGUAGACCUAUUAUUUUGUUGGUUCUCCAAUCAGUUGGUCUCUGGAUCUGAAUUUAAAGAUGCAUUAUGUUAUUAUGUACAACCUGCUUGAAUCAUGCAGAUGUUAUCACUUUACCAACAAUGUUCCACUGUAUGGGAUUAAACAAAUAUCUUUCAUUUUCUUAAAUUUUUGUUUUUAUAAUUUGAAAAAUAUGCAGUCUUUCUGUGGUCAGUCACCUUUUCAUAAAUCUGACCUGUAAUUUGGUCUACUGGCAUCACCUGUUUCUCUCCAUGGAUACAUAUCAGUUUAAUGCCUAACUGUGAAACAAAGCAAUUGGAAACAAGCAAGUGAUGGACCCUUCACCUGUAAAGUUACAUAAUGGUACACCUUUAAAUCUAAUGCACUGGAACCUUAAACAGCAGCACUGACCAAGAAGUAAGUUAAUGGUGCAGACUUGAACCCAUAUGACAGGGCGUCCCCACCUCACAGCGCACCAUUGCAGUUAGUCAGCAGCUUUUGUUGUCUUCGACCACAGUUUACAUACAGCAAGCUCAUUAUUCAUCUACACCAGGCCUUUAUACUGUAUGUCUACGGCUAUACUCGUUUGCAAUGUUUAUCACUUGGGCCUCUGCCUUUCCAUCACACUUCCCUGGUUUGCCCUCCUUCUCAGGCACAAGGCUUCCAGGCUCCAUCACUUGAUACCCAACUGGCCAACAUUUGUGGCCUACAUUGUUUAUAGUUCCCACAGAGCCUUUGGUUGCCUCUCAUCAUCAGAAAAUCAAAUAACUCCACACGACAUUUCAACUUGACUUAUUACUUAACCAUUUCAUCUUGUCACAUGUAAAUCACAAGCAUUUACCACAACACAAGGCCAACAGGUUUGAGGGCAGAACGUUUAAUUUCUAAUUCAGUGCUAUGGACGUCUUUAUGUAAGCCUGCGUGUGCUGCUAUAAGGAUAAAAUAUGUUUUCAAGAGUCUCUGAUAAUGCGAGUCUAAUUAGUACUCCACAAUUAGUCUGCUGUCCAGACUUUGAGGAAGUAGUGUGUGUAAAAUCUGUUUUUGCUUUAGUUUUGAUGCAGCCAUGCAGAACUCUAGUGUAAUUCAGGGACCGUAAAAAUAUCUUGUUGUGGCUUUUGUUUUACAAGCCCUUUGUGCUUACAAUUUACAAAAUACUUGUUUUAUUUGUAUUUAACUUUUCUACCCAAAUUGAUGUUAUUGGUUUUAUUAUGCCACUUCAAUAAAGAUGUUGGACC